GUUUGGAGCUGGCUGCGCACACUUUAGCGGAACUUUGCGCUUGUUGACAUCCCGCCUCUGGAAUGCUGUCCGGAGUCUGUCGGAAGGAAUAACCUGGACUCACCGGACCGCCAGGCUCCACUCAUGUCUCCUCACCUCCGUGGUUCAUCUCCAUCUGUCUGGUUAAUGCUGUGCUACCUGCUCAGUCUCCUGCUGCUGUCCUCAGGGGUCCAUGGCCAAGGUCGUCUCAAACUGACGGUCUUGUCUGAAGACAGGCUGCAGAUGAAAUGGAAGGAGGCCGAUGGACCCGUUCAGGGCUACAAGGUCCGAGUAAGGCCAAUCUCAGAGGUGCCCCAGCCAGAGCUGAUGCUGACCACCACCAGGGGCCGAGCAACGGUGGCAGGACUCGACUCCAGUCAGGAAUAUUCCCUCCAUGUCCUCGUACUCAAUGGGACGACGGAGAAACUCCUCGCAAAGAGACGAUUCACCAUGGAGGGUCUGCGUGAGGAGGAGAUGAUCCGUAGUGGAAGUCGAGAGCAGAAGAAGAAGACGCUACCGGGCGGGUCAGGAUCAGGAGAUCUGGACGACGUAACAGAAGCUCUGCUGGGGCUGCCGACGAUCUUAUAUCCAGACCCCACGACCACCACCACUGCUGAAACUACUACAGAGCCUCCAGCUACAGAAACCCCCUCUCAACCCUCUGAUGAGGCCCCAGAGAAGACCAGCAAAGAGAAGAGGAAGAGGAAGAAAGAAAAAGAGAGAGAUCGUUCCAAGGCGGAGAACAAGGAGGAGCAGGGGACGACUCAGGGGAAACUGGCCGAGGACAAACCCAGGAAGACGACGUUUACUACGCAGCCGGUCACAGGUAUGUCUCCAAGAAAACCAUUUGAGUGCGACAGCGAUGCAGCAGCUGACAUCAUGCUGCUGGUGGACGGAUCCUGGAGCAUCGGACGAACCAACUUCAGACGGGUCCGAGACUUCUUGGAGGGCCUGAUGACGCCUUUUCACAUCGGACCAAACCACAUUCAGAUCGGUCUGACCCAGUACAGCGGAGACCCUCGAACAGAGUGGCAUCUCAACAACUUCUCCACCAAAGACCAGCUGCUGGAGGCGGUGAGGAACUUCAGGUAUAAAGGAGGAAACACGUUUACAGGCCAGGCUCUGCUUCACGUCAUGGAGGAGAACAUGAGGCCCGAGGCGGGAGCGAGGUCCGAAACGCCGUUCUUCCUGGUCCUGCUGACCGACGGGAAAUCUCAGGAUGACGCCAUCGCUGCAGCAAACCGCCUGAAGAACGCAGGCGUGGAAAUCAUCGCAGUGGGUGUAAAGAAUGCAGAUGAAGCUGAGUUGAGACAGGUGGCGUCGGAGCCGGUGGAUCUGAACGUCUACAAUGUCAACGACUUCCCGCUGCUCAGCAAACUGGUGGCCCGACUGGUCCACAUCUUGUGUGGGAGGAUCGAGGACCGUGGCAUCACCAAACGGAUGGAGCCCGGACCCACAGCAGACCCUGCACUCUCGUACCCGAGCCCCACUGACCUCCGCUUCUCUGAACUCGGUUCCAGAUCAGUGAAGCUUCACUGGAUCAAUCCAGCCAAACCAGUGCAGCAGUACAGAGUUGUUUACCACAGCGCCGAGGGUCAGAGUCCACAGGAGGUUGUGUUGUCUGGUUCAGAGUCCACUGUGCUGCUGGAAGGUCUCUCCUCUCAGACUCUGUACCACAUCUCCAUCUUCCCUGUUUAUGAACACAACGUGGGCGUGGCGCUCCGAGGAACCGUCACCACACUGCCUCUGGCCAUGCCGGCCAACCUGAAGGUGAGCCCGUCCUCCUACAGUUCUCUGCAGGUGAGUUGGGGUGCAGCACCUGGAGCGACACAGUACAUGAUCCUGUACUCAGCACUGAGCCACGGAGAGCCUGACGACGCCAAGGAGGAGAAAUUUGGAGGUGACCAGACAGUGGUGGAGCUGACGGAGUUACUACCAGCGACUGAUUACUCCGUCACUCUUUAUGCGCUGUACGAUGAGGAUCCCAGCGAUCCAGUCACUGCUGUUGCCACCACAUUCCCCCUUCCUUCCCCGGUGAGCGUUCAGUUCCCGAUGGUCACCCACAGUGGGCUCAGAGUGAGCUGGGUUCCUGGUGCCGUGGACGUCCCCGGACACAGGAUCACCUACAGCACCAACCACGGCAGCGACGUCAAACAGGUGGAGGUCAAAGGAUUAAACUCAGUGCUGGUGCAGAACCUGUCCUCUCUGUCCAGAUAUCUGGUUUCAGUCCAGUCCCAUUACCCACAAGGCCUUUCUGCUGCGCUCACCAGUAACGUCACCACACUGAAGGUUCCUUCUCCGUCAGACCUCAGAGUGAGUAACUUCUCAGGCAGCGACAUCACCGUCCGCUGGGAGGCUGCAGCCAACGACGUUGUUUCUUACCUCAUCAAGUGGAUUUCUCUGAGUGGAGGAGACCUGAGACAGCUGAGGGUGAACGGCGGCAGCGAAGGAGCGAUUCUGGAGGGAGUGGAGGACGAUAAGGAAUACCAGAUAUCUCUGUCUGCUCUGUACGCAGACGGAGCCCAGAGUGAAGCUGUGGCCACUCGGUACAGCACCUUGUCUGGUGGAGGCCCGUCCAGCGUUUUGGUUUCUGAGGAGACGGCGGUCAGCUUCGUGGUCAGCUGGGCUCCCCCCAACGCUCACGUCCUCCAGUAUCGGGUCUCGUACACGGCUCUGACCGGGUCUGAAGCCCAGGACAGCACCGUUUUGGUUCCAGGCAGUGAGAAGCGAGUGUUGCUGGAGUCUUUACAGCCGGACACCCGUUACAGCGUCCUGGUCACAGCCGAAUAUCGAAACAGAGAAGGAGGCAGCGGUUCCACACAGGGAAAAACCGCCAGUCUGAGGGUCAGCAGUGUGAGCGUCGUCAGGUCGGAUCACUCCAGCAUCUGUGUGUCCUGGAGACCAGUUUCUGCUGUGGACGGAUACCGCCUCGUCAUCCAGUCAGUUAAAGACAAGCAAACGAAGCAGGAAACUGUGGGUGAGUCCAGCAGCAGUCACUGUUUCACUGAUCUGGAUCCUGGGAUUCUGUAUCGCAUCAGCGUUCAUUCACUUCUGGGCUCAGCAGAGGGCGCCGCCGUCUCCAUACUGCAUCCUACAGCCACGGCUCCAGCCAGACUUCCCAUCCAUCCCCGGCUGUACCCGAUACACAACGAAGUUUGUCCUGAAGUCACCAUCAGAAACAGCAUCGUUAAAGGGUUCGACAUGAUGGAGGCGUUCGGUCUGACUCCCACAGCUCAUUCCUCAGUAGAAGGCGUUGCUGCCGAACCGUUCGUCUUCAACACCAUCCCGACCUACAGCCUGUACAGAGACGUCCAGCUGACUCAGAGCACCAAGUUCAUCCACCCUGCAGGUUUCUCUCCAGAACACACCAUCAGCAUCGCCUUCCGCCUGCUGCAGGAAACACCCAGAGAACCUUUUGCUCUCUGGCAGCUCACCGACAACGACUUCCAGCCAAAGAUGGGAGUCGUCAUCGACCCGGUGACCAAACAUCUGCUGUACUUCAGUCUGGACUACAGAGGGGAGGUUCAGGAGCUGACCUUCGACCAGCCGGAGGUUCACCGCUUGUUCUACGGCAGUUUUCACAAGGUUCACCUGUCGGUCAGCCAGGUGAGUGUUUCUCUGUCUGUGGACUGUCAGCGUGUCGGUGAGAGACCGGCUCGUCCUCUGGGGAAUCUGCCCACCGACGGCUUCGAGAUGCUGGGAAAACUGGUGAAGACCCGAGGACCCAACAGCGGCUCUGCACCGUUUCAGCUGCAGUCCUUUGAAAUUGUCUGUAACACCACGUGGGCUUCAGAAGAUACCUGCUGCCACCUGCCAGGAGUGAGAGACGAGGAAAGCUGUCCAGCUCAGGCCUACAGCUGUACCUGUUCCUCAGACGUUCCUGGAGCUCCUGGUUCCCCCGGGCCCAUCGGGAGGCCGGGUCCUCGUGGUGAGAAAGGUGAUAAGGGAGAGCAAGGCCAGAAGGGGGAAGUCGGUCCUCCUGGGAAAUCUGGGUCUGAGGGAGGCCUCGGCCUGGUGGGCAGCGCUGGGCCUCGAGGCAUCACGGUGCAGGGAAAAGUGGGUCCACCGGGAGCAAGAGGAGACAGAGGAGAUCCUGGGCGACCUGGAGUUCAGGGUUUGCCGGGACCUCCAGGACCAAAGGGGGAAGAGGGGAUCCCAGGCCCCAGGGGAAUCAGGGGUCUCGAAGGGAACAUCGGUGCACCGGGAACCACCGGACCGCGGGGCUUCCAGGGAAUGCCGGGAUAUCCAGGGCCGAUAGGGGAAAGGGGCCCUUCAGGACCUGUUGGACCAACGGGCCUGCCAGGGAAUAAAGGGGAACGAGGAGAGAAGGGAGAGCCUCAGUCCAUGGCAGUGAUCUACCAACUGGUCACACAAGCCUGCGAGCAACUAGUACAUAAGGAGGUGUUGAAGCUGGACAUGUUCAUUAACGAGAUCAGUCGUAAACCAGCUCCUAUAGAGGAGCCGGUGGGGCCUCCAGGUGAACCAGGUAUACCAGGGCCUAAAGGCCCACCGGGUGGCCGAGGAAACCAGGGGAAUGUCGGGGCCAGAGGGAGAUCUGGGAGGCCUGGAUAUCCUGGAGAACAGGGAAGGAGAGGGAUGCCGGGGGAGAAAGGUGAUGCAGGAACCAACAUCCAGGGGCCUCCGGGGGUCAAAGGAUUCGCAGGUCUUCCAGGUGAGUCCAAGCUGGGAACUCCAGGAACCAAAGGAGACGACGGUAAAGCCGGACCACCAGGGUUCCCCGGACCUCCCGGCCAGCGGGGGGAGAUCGGACCACCGGGGGUUUGUGACAACAGUGGAGGCUGCCAUAGAGUUCCUCAGCAGACAGAGGAUCCUUACUACGGCUACCAGCCCUGAGUGGAGAUCCAGAACCACACAGCAGUGCUGAUGUGACUGUUAUCUCUAGGAUAUCUGCUGUUCCUCUGGAGCUUAAAACACUGGAGGAAGGAGCUCAAAUGCACCACGAGGAGGUUUCAUAUGUUGGACGUAGCAGCGACUGAUGUGGACGCUUCUUCAUGAGCGAGUAAAGGAAACCGGAAGGAUCUCUGUCCUCUGCUUUUAUUUAAACUAUGAAUCUAGGAGCAAGUCAGGAGCUUUCUAAUAUAGAAUAGCAUCGUAAAGAAACACGUUUUCCCAGCGGGGUCAGUAACAAAGUGCCGUCUUGUACACCGUAUUCGCACUGAAACCUUUUUAUGUACUCAUGCACUGUGUAGUUUAGUCCUCUGUGUGUUUUCAUUUGCCGUUCUAACCUAAACUGCCUCAAAGGAUCAUGAAAAGCGUCAUCCAUGGUGUUUGUUCCAUGGUACAAAUGAUACUGUGAGAAUGUCUGUUGUCCGUCUCAUGUAUGAUAAAUCUGUAUAUUGUUUGUUGUAUUUUAUCUGGUUAUUCAUGUAUAUUUUAUACAGUAUGAGUUCUAACUGAUGUUUACAUUUUCUCAUUUCCUGGGUUUGGGUCAUAAGCUUUAGUGUGUGAGAGAGAGAAAGAGAAUGUUGGUUUUAUCUUCAGCGUAUGUUGUAUUUGUAUUAUCUUGUUAAUAAAAUACUAUAAAUAUGUGUCUAAUGAAAUGUGAUGAGGCUUUUCUUUUUCAAAAUAAAUUGUCUUGAGGAUGUAAAUAACUUGA